UUUUGCAGUCAGUGUACAUUUUUCCGUUGGGCAUGUUUAUUGGGGCCACACGCUCCCUCGGGAGGAUAGUUAAAAUCGCGAUUUUUUUUUUAACUAAUUUCUUGCGAGUGACCUAACCAACUCGAACACGUUUCAUGUCUUUUUUUAUAUUGACCGAUCAAAAGCUGAAUCCGCGUGAAAGAAAUAUCCGAAAAAUAUGGUUAUCAAGUGGCACUAUUCUCUCCAAAUAGACAAUAACAAGCAGUAAUAUGAUUCUUUGUUUUCGGCUUUUCCAUACUCUGUAGAGAAAUGAACAUUAAUGUUCUGUGGGUGCAAUAAUCUUUGUCGAAUAUGUUAACCUAUUCAUUGUUAAAUCAAUUUCGGAAAGUGGAUUAAUCGUAAAACUAAAUCUAAACAAGAUGGCUUUUAACUUUUCUGCUUUGGCAUACAUAAUAGCUUUGAUUGUGGACGCGUUUUUGAUCUUUUUCUCACUUUUCCACGUAAUCGCGUUUGAUGAACUGAAAACGGAUUACAAAAACCCGAUUGAUCAGUGCAAUAGCUUAAACCCUCUCGUUUUACCAGAAUAUAUCCUGCAUAUAAUAUUCAACGUAUUGUUUGCGAUAGCGGGGGAAUGGCUAUCCUUGUGUGUUAACAUUCCCUUAAUCGCGUACCACAUAAAUAGAUACAGGACGAGGCCAGUAAUGUCCGGUUACGGCAUUUAUGACCCCACUAGCAUUAUGAAUGCUGAUGUACUAACAAGGUGUCAAAGGGAGGGAUGGAUUAAGCUAGCAUUUUAUUUGCUCUCAUUUUUCUAUUACCUCUAUGGGUAUGUGAUAGCUUUAGAAACGGCAAAUUUAGAGCACACGUAACUGACACUUAAGUAUUCAAUUUUUGAAGUUUUAUUGUAUUGUUGGUGUCUAUUCCGUAACUUUCGAUAUUUAGAGCAAAUGUUACAGAAUUCAAAUGAAAUUGUUGAAGUUGUAGAACAGACGCCUCCACAGGGAUAUUGACACUAGAACCGAAAUCCCUGACUAAAUGAACAUCUUUCUGUUGCAGAAUGAUUUACUCGUUAAUAUCGUCCUAGUGGAUGUCUGGCAAAUGUGAGCCCCAAGAACAGAAAGAUAAGCCAGUGAAACAUGGGAUUUCGAUUCUGUUGUCACAAUUAAUUUGUUAAGCGUUAAGAAUUCUCCUCAAGAGUGAUGUAAAAUUCAUAUUCAUUUAAUGUUUGAACCAUGCCUACUCCAGUACAUCAUAAGCAAUGUUUAAUAUUAGGGAUAUUGAAUUGUAAAUAAAGACUUACCUA